AUGUCAGAAGAAAACCCCCCAGCCUACCGGUGUGAUGUAAUCCUGGAACCGUCGCAGUACACCACUGUGUCUCCUCCAGGCCCCGCAAAAGAGCAAGAGAAGAAGCAUAGAACGCACCGGGCGUCUGAGAUUUACCACCCUUUGAACCUGACUCUUUUGUCAGAUGCAGACAUAGCUGAUGUCGUUCUUGCCUGGGUGAGGACCAUGCCAUUCCUCACGAGAGGACCUGCUAGAGAGUUCAUGGUGACAUCUACCAGCAAUGACGUCGUCUACUACUAUUUCCUGGAGACGUUCACAGAGCACAGGUCGGUCUGCAAGAGAUUCGAGCCUCAAAUAAAAGACCUCCCUCAAUCCAGCAACGUCAACCACCAAGAACCUCGACCCUGGAUGGUGGCUGUCUCACCUGUCAAGAUGUUCAGCAACCAGGUGUGCCACUACCGCCUGAUCAACACAGACCAGCACAGGGGUUGCCCAUAUUGCCAGGAGCAGCAGUGGGUAACAUGCUCUGGUUGUGGUGGAGCAGGCAAAAAACCAUGUGCCGUGUGCAGGGCGCAUCAGGGACCCCAGUCCAAGCCGUGUAGCCACUGCCAGGGGAAGCGUCUGGUGUCCUGCGCGGCUUGCAUGGCGCUGGGCCGCGCGUGCUGCAAGAUGUGCGUGGGCAAAGGACGCCUGUGCUACUUCAAGGAGCUGCGGGUGGAGUACCGGACCCACCUGGAGAGCCAGCUGCUGACCGGCUGCGGGGUUCCGGAGAAGAAGCUGCUGCAGGCGGCUGGGGACGUGGUCCAUGCCAGCAUAGGGACCACGGUGAGGCCUCUGUCACAGUUCUCAGUGCCGGAGGUGAACGCCGUCUCACAGCGGAGGGUGGAGGCGUCCCACCGGAGGUGGCCCGACUGCAAGAUCAUCCAGCAGAGGCAUCUCCUGAAGGCCAUACCGGUCACACUGGCUCAGUACUACUGGAAAGGCGAGACUGGGAGCUUCUACGUCUCUGGGACAGACAAUCGGGUAUACUGGCCAGACUACCCACAGUGCAGGUUGUCGGAUCGCUGCACCAUUGCCUAG